GAGGACUCUCAGUUCACUGCGAUUAAACUGAAUCUGGCGUCGUUUGAUCUGCCUUCAGGGGAUUCCAGUAGUGGUCCCCUGCGUGAACGUAUCGCUCAAAUAGGUUGCAGUCUACUGGAAACGAUCAGCCUUCUCACCGCUAAAUUCGACGUCAAAGUUGUCCGCUUAUCGGGCGACUCUGAAGGUGGAGGCGGUGGCGGAGGUAGUAGUAGCAGCAGCCUGGUUGGUCUCCUGAUGACGGACACGGCCUUCCGCUUCCUAGCUCAAGUAGCCUGCCUCUCCAGCUUUAACGAGAACGCCGAUGAAGGUGGCCCAUUCUGCGUCCUGAUUAACACUGAUAUCUCACAUUUGAUGCGUCACAACUUGGGCGCGUCUUCCUGCAUCCAGCCCAAUCACUCUGGCGGCGGAUCUUCACACGGUCUGGAAAAUAUACUGCCCGUCCUGACCAAAGUCACUGGUCCGCCUACCUACCUACUCUCUGCCUACGACCAAAGCCUUCUGCCAACAGCCGAGAGCUCUUGGUUUGUGAAUGGUACUCUGCCGUUGGCUUGGUUGGCUCAGGCUCAUCGUCGGCACCGUCUGUUUGUUUCACUUGAUCUGUCCAGAGCCCAGGUACUUCCGGGUCAUGCUGGGCUCUCAUUCACACAGCUGGGACGAGUACAGCCCUCGGGAGAUUUCGUUAGGUUACUCAAUAGCCUCUCACGAAUGACACUGCUUAGUAACAAUGAGAUAGCCAGCAGGGUCUCCACUGCCGUCCUCUCCGUGUGGCCAAUGCACCGAUUGCCCGGGGUAUGUUAUGCAUGGUUAAUAAAUGAUUUUUACUCAAAUAUGCUAGUGAACAGUCGGUAA